UCUAUUACCAAACUCGAGACACAAGUAGGACAACUCGCCACUGCUUUAGCUGAUAGAGAAAAAGGAACAUUCCCUAGUCAACCUAUCCCUAAUCUAAAAGGUCAAUAUGAGAUAGGAAAGUCUAGUCAUAAUGGAGAAGUCAAAUCAAUUUCAACUCUUAGGUCUGGAAAGAAAAUUGUCAAACCCGAUUACAUACCCGAGGUUGAAAACGAAAAAGAAAAAGAAAAGAGUCAGCCUUCUAGUUCUAAUCUCAAUGACUCAUCAAACAAAGAAAUUCCAAUCCAUCCUUUCAUUCCAAAAGCCCCAUUCCCACAAAGAUUGCUUCCAAUUAAAAAAGGCGGCCAAUAUAAUGACAUCUUAGAAGUUUUUAAACAAGUUAGUAUCAACAUCCCUUUCUUAGAUGCCAUUAAACAAAUUCCUGCCUACUCCAAAUUUUUAAAGGAUCUUUGUACUGUUAAAAGAAACACUAAUGUUCCUAAAAAGGCAUUUUUAACUGAACAUGCUAGUUCCAUUAUUCAAUAUAAGAGUCUUGUUAAAUAUAAAGAUCCUGGGUGUCCCACAAUUUCAUGCAUUAUUGGUGAUCAUUUUAUUAACAAAGCUUUACUUUAUUUGGGUGCUAGUGUGAAUUUAUUGCCUUAUUCUGUUUAUAAGCAACUUGGUCUUGGUGAGCUACCAUCUCAUUGGUCUAAGCAUGAUAAAUCUAAAUUUUAUUCUGAGGUGAAAAACUUUAUUUGGGAUGAUCCUUACUUGUUUAAAUAUUGUCCUGAUCAAAUAAUUAGAAGAUGCAUUCCAAACUCUGAUCAAUCUAAAAUCAUAUCUUUUUCUUGUGAACGUUGCCAAAAGUUAGGAAGUCUAACUAAAAGAAACAUGAUGCCUUUAAAUCCUAUUCUUAUUAUUGACAUAUUUGAUGUUUGGGGCAUUGAUUUUAUGGGACCAUUUCCUAACUCUUUUGGUAAUCUUUAUAUCCUUGUUGGAGUUGAUUAUGUGUCUAAAUGGGUUGAAGCUAUUGCAUGCCACACUAAUGACCACAAAGUUGUGCUUCGGUUUUUAAAAGAAAAUAUAUUUUCCCGUUUUGGUUCACCACGUGCUAUAAUUAGUGAUAACGGUACACACUUUUGUAAUAAGCCAUUUGAACAUUUGAUGAAACAAUAUGGCAUUACACAUAAAGUCUCAACACCAUAUCACCCACAAACUAGUGGUCAAGUUGAAGUGUCUAAUAGGGAAGUUAAGCACAUUUUAGAAAAAACUGUGAAUCCAACUAGGAAAGAUUGGUCCUUAAGACUCACUGAUGCAUUAUGGGCGUAUCGUACCGCAUACAAAACACCCAUUGGCAUGUCACCCUACAGACUUGUGUAUGGGAAGGCGUGCCACUUACCUGUUGAGUUAGAACAUAGAGCCUUUUGGGCAAUUAAGCAGUUAAACUUUUCUUUAGACAAGGCAGGUGAGAAACGAAAACUUCAACUAAAUGAACUAGACGAAAUUAGGAAUGAUGCAUAUGACUAUUCAAAAAAGUAUAAGGAUCGCAUGAAAUUUUACCAUAAUAAAAAUAUUUUGAGAAAAGAUUUUUAUCCAAGUCAGAAAGUCCUUUUAUACAACUCUCGUUUGCAUUUAUUCCCGGGAAAGUUACGCUCUAGGUGGUCCGGUCCUUACAUUGUUCGUAUUGUUUUUCCACAUGGAGCUAUUGAAAUUGAAAAUCCUAAAAAUGGUGAUAUAUUUAAAGUUAAUGGACAAAAAUUAAAACCAUUUUUAGAAUUAAAAUCUAAUGAAGUGGAUGAGAUACUCCUUGAGGACCCUGUUUACCAUGCUCUUUGAUUCCUGUGUGAUCUUGAUAAC